ACACCCUCGCCGCUCGCACUCAGACUUGCUCCUUCUCCUCGCUCCUUCUUAGCCCGGCAUGUCGCAACGCAGCCUGCCCCAGAUCCACCCGACGCAGAGCGUCAGCGGCAUCGUCUCCGACGCCGGACAGCGCGUCAUCCCGUCCACGCUGCGCCCCGACGGCAGCGAACGGCCUGCACGGCGAGUGCGGCCAGGCUUCACGCCCGCCGAGGACGUGGGGCGCUUCCAGACACGGCGAGCUCGGGAGAUCGAGGCGCUCGAGGGGCGUGGACCGCCGGGAAGCGCGCCGCGUGGGCCGCCGGGCAGCGCGCCCAAGCCGGCGCCAGCAGCGGCGGCACCGAAGAAGACACGGCGGCGCGGCAAGGGUAAGGGCGCGGCCAAGGACGGCGAGGAGGAUGAAGAGGAGGUGCCGGAUGCGUGGGACGAGGCCGCUCCGGCUGCACCGGCAAGGAAGAGCGAGGCGUCCACCGGCGCCGCUGCCACCGCGGCACCCGCCAGCGCCGACGCAGCCGCACCGGCAGCCGCAGCAGACGCAGAGAAUCCGGCCAAGCGGGCGCGCGCCCUCGCCAAGAAGCUCCGUGCCGCGCAGGCGCUGGCAGAGCGGGCGGAGAAGGGCGAGGCACUGCUGCCGGAGCAGCGCGAGAAGGUCGAUGCGAUGGACGCGCUGCAGCGGGAGCUGGACGGGCUGGGGCUGGGCGCCUAGGGCGCAGAGGGACA